AUGAACCAAACCACAAAUCAAAUUAUUGGCGUUCAGCCACAAAAUAAUAAUGGUCGGUUACAGAGACUUCAGAAUAUUGGUGGACCACGAAAUGCUAAUAGUCAAGUUCCAAGAAUCCCAAAUAUUGGCAUGCCGCCUCUCAGAACUCAGAAUAAUGUAAAUUUAUUCACCAGCAAUUUUACUGCCGUUCAACAUGACUUAAUUAACGGUACAGAUCCAUUCACGAGAAUGCAAGGUGUAGAAAAUCUACCACCACAAAGCCCUCAACUUUCAGCGGUGCUAUUUUUAGGAGUUUCCUUUCCAUAA